AUGUAUAUUCUCUUUCGUUCGUUCAUCAUUUUCAUUCUCGGUAUUAAUUUCAUCCGGGCUAACCAGUGUGAUUGUUUUUGUCGAAAUAAACUGCUGUUUAAACUUUACCCACAAUCGUGUGAUGAAUGUACGAUUGAAUAUUGUAAAAAUAAUAACAUGAGAGGCAUAGCUGGAGGAUGUUUCUUCGGACAACGAACUGUUCAAUGUCGUAAAUACAAUGACGUUCCACCAAUCUUUGUUGCUUAG